AUGGCUGGAAUAACCGACGGGUGGAAUCUGGAACACCUCCAGCGAUCCUUUGUCAACGAGACACCGUCCGAUCCUGAAACCCUUAAAGUGGCGAGACAGAAGAUGAACGACCUGAUGGCCUACCUGAAAAAGGCGGACAUCCUCAUGGACGACUUCUACAAGCGGAAGGAAGCGGAAGAGCAACGUAAGCUGAAGAGGCCGCCCUCUGCGAAAAAGCCAAAGAUGCGGAAAGCAGGAGGUCUGGCAUGGAUCCAGACUGUUCCAGCGGCUCCACCAAUCAGCAUCAACCCGGGCGCCUACACACUGGAAAUCCAACCUCGGCCCGGAGAAGAGGUGACCGAGAAGAUUCCGAUAACAAUGUCGGACAGUAGCGAGGACGAGGAGAACGCGGACAACAUCGACUCCGACGACUCCAUGCACCAAAAGGCAGCGGUACCUACGAAGGGAUCCACACCGAAACGAGGUAGAUCGCCGGAUAAACGGAAGGCCAAGAAGGAAGCAGCAAAGCAGUCUGCCAAGUCGCAAGCGACGGAAGCCCAGAAGAAACCAGCCAAGUCGGAAGUCAAGCAGCCGGCUAAACCGCAGUCGGACUCCACGGUUAAGACGCCGAAGCCCAACCCGGCUAAGCGGCAUAAGUCAUCUGACGACUUGGAUAUUUCGGAUGCCGGCCCACAAAGGACCGAGCAGAUGGAGAAGGCUCAAGAACCGCACGACAAGGAGGCGGUCGAACGGAAAUUCAAGGAAGUCAUGGAACGAACCGGCACAAAGCCGGCUAAGACUUCAGGAGGUCGGCUACGAAACCCACCAAGACCACCGACUCCGCCCGAACAAUCUCAGCCUUCAACAUCCAAGCAACAGUCCGAUGUAGAAUCCGAUCAGGCCUCGGACCUUGAGGAUAAGGACUCAAUCUCCGACCACGGAGAUGGGGAUCCCUAUGAAGGAUUCAAAGGCGACAUGAAAGAAAUGUUUAACCAUGGAGCGGACACCGACGAAUCCCAGUGGCCAGCUCCAGACGAUGUACGAGCGUCUUCCGGACGAACAGCCGGAGGACCCGGUCGACAUUAA